AUGAAGCCGGUCAAUGUUGCCCUUGCUGCCGUUGCAGCCCCACUGGCUCUUGCUCUACCCACAGAGUUGGCAGAACGACAGGCUGCUCAGCCUCGCGUACAGAUCGACCCGGCUCUGUACCCUGUCCUUCAAAGAUACACAAGAUUUGCUGUCGCCUCUCUCGCAACAUUCACAUACAACCUCGGCAGGUGCCCUUCACCACCUUUCAAAUCGAAACUAGUCAAAACUAUCGUCAACCUCGUCACCGACACCCAAGCCGCCAUCUUCCGCGACGACAACGCUAAGGAAUUGAUCCUGUCUCUACCCGGCACGUCCUCCGUCCAGGACUUCUUGACCGACUUCGUCUUCAUCCCAUUGGACCAGACCACAGCAGCAGGCUGCACGGAUUGCCGCGUCCACGGCGGCUUCUACGUCGCCUGGCGCAGCAUUGCAGACCAAGUGACCACCGCACUCGCUGAUCUGCGUGCUAAGAACCCGGGAUAUAGCAUCGUCAUCACCGGCCACAGCCUGGGCGGCGCACUCGCAACGCUCGCGUAUACUGAUCUGAAAGCCGUCGAUGUGCCUGUCAAGAUCGCAUACACCAUGGGUUCUCCUCGUGUUGGAAACCCAGCGUACGCCAACUUUGUCGACCGACUAUCAGGCGCUUCCGACAGCAAUUUGGGCACGAUGAUCAGAAUCACGCACAACACCGACGGUGUGCCGGGACUGCCGUCGCAGGCGAUGGGCUUCCAGCACUCGAGGACCGAGAUCUACGAGUUGGAUAAUGCGGCGGGUAAGCAGAGCCUGGAGACUACGUUCCGAUGUUACGGCCAAGAAGCGCCGGACUGCAACAAGGCGACGGCGACGGGAUUCAUCAACCAGGAUCAUCUGGUCUACACUGGCAUCCAGAUGACUAACGGUGCGGAGUGCGCGAAUGCGAAUUGA